UUGACAACGUGGGCGUGGUUAGACGUCAAUGUUUAUGUAGCCCGCUGUCUGUGUAUGUAACACAGCACCAAGGACUCUGCAAUGUGAUUUCUUGACAUUGAUUUGUUUUCCUAUCAUUUUACUCGCUGUCUUCGCCACAUUAUGCACCAGCUUUUGAUAUGGGGAACCAUUAGCAGGUGAAACACGGAGGAAAUCGAGGAAAAAGCCGGGAUGGCAGGAGCCUUUGGGCUCAAAGGCUGCCAGAAAAUUCGAGGUCCGCAGAUUAGAAAUCUGCUUGAGGCGAAGGACUUCAUUCUCUUCGACUGCGACGGGGUCAUAUGGCACGGAGAGAAGGCGAUAACGGGCGCGACGAAGGUGGUGAGUUCGCUGAUCCGGCUCGGCAAAAACGUAGUGUUCGUCACCAACAACAGCACCAGGCCCCGGGAGAAUUAUGUGCACAAGUUCGACCGGCUGGGCUUCACCGACGUGAUGCUGGAGCAGAUCUUCAGCUCGUCGUACUGCUCGGCUCUCUACCUGAGAGACGUCGUCAAGAUCUGUGGCCAGGUGUUUGUCAUCGGCUGCGACGGACUGCGCAGAGAGCUGCAGGAGGCGGGCAUCCCCUGCGUGGAGGAGGCGGACGAUCCGGACGCCACCAUCUACGACUGCCCCCUGGCCUCGGACGUCAAGGCAGUGCUGGUGGGACAUGAUGAUAAACUGACUUUUCUCAAACUGGCCAAAGCCUCCUGCUACCUGAGGGACCCGGACUGUCUGUUCCUGGCCACCGACAACGACCCCUGGCACCCUCUGUCAGGUGGAAGGAUAUUGCCAGGUUCUGGGUCCCUCAUUGCAGCCCUGGAGGUGGCCUCAGGUCGCAAGGCCACUGUGAUCGGCAAGCCCAGCCGCUUCAUGUUCGAGUGCAUCUCCAGUCAGUUCAGGGGGGUGGACCCCGCCCAGUGCCUGAUGGUCGGGGAUCGCCUAGAGACAGACAUGCUGUUUGGGUCCAACUGCGGCCUCGACACCAUGCUCACUCUCACCGGCGUGUCUCAGAUCGAGGAGGCCCAGGAGUACAGGAAUAGUGAGCUGACCACCAACCACAGCCUGGUGCCCAACUACGUGGUAGACACCAUCGCUGAUUUCUUACCUGCUUUUGAGGAACUGGACGAGCAGAGCAAUUGACGAGUCCUUUUGCCUCUAAUAUGGAGCACAGAUCGCUUCUACUACAUUUCAAGUGCAAUGUUUAGUCUGGUGUUUGCAAAAAAAACAAAAAAAAACAAUCCACAAUUGUCAAAAAACUAUAAAUGCUCCUCAAUACCAAGCCACGUAUAGUGUAGAAUAUUCCCCCCACAAUAAUCAGUAGUCCAGUGCAUACCUCGGUGUUUCUAAUAGUGUUGUGCCCAUUUGUGACUUGACAGUUCCUUGCUGUAAGUGUUUGUAUUAAUAUCUGAAUAUACUGCACUUUCUUGUUCAUUAAGUUCAUAGGUUGUGUUUGACAUUUGGUUUUGAACAUCCAGAGGUAUUUUUGUAAAGCCAUAAAUUGCUCUGUAACAGCAUUCAUGUGUGUAGGAGCUGGUAGUUAAAUUUUUUUGCCAAAAGGCAGACAUGUCCUUACUAAUGCAGAAUUGUUUUGUCAUAUGUGUUGUGCCUGGGUGUGACUUCUCCUUGAUUAAUUCAUGGCAAGAGGAGAAAAUAAAAACUAAAACUGUGCAACUCUGGUAGAGACCAAGAUGACAAUCUGCCAGUCAGACAGGUGAAGUGUAUAUUCACUUUAGGCCUUUCUGUCAUGUCUGUGCAACUUGUGCCAAUAGUCAUCUGAGUAAAUAAAACUUGCUGAAUCUCAUAGUUAGAAAACCAAUAACACACGAAUAGUGGCCGCUCAUACUGCACUGUUGUGAAAUGUUGUUAAUGUUUACCAUAUAGAGCAUGCUAGCAACGGUAACAAAAAUAAAUACCUAAAAUGAA